AGUCGAUGCACGUGCAAACAUCUGUCGCUGUUGAAAAUCCACGACAGCCCAGCCGCCAACCAAUCUCCUCCCCCACUCAACACCAUGCCUCCGUCGCCGCGGCAGCCUCAGGCCCGACAUGUCAACAGCAACAAAAGGGAAAAAAACAUCUGCGCGGCGGAUCCUCACAAUGCGCCUCUAGCCAGCCCAGACCAGCACCGCUGCGGCCUGGCCACCUCUGCAGUUUGACAUGUCCACGAACGGCAAUGGACCUCCUAUUGGCUGCAAAAGCCCACACUGGUCCGGAGAUGCACCUCUCUCCGUUCCCAUUUCCAUUUCCAUGUGAAGUACGUACAUACGGUGUCAGGAACCAACGGCACUUGGGCACCACAUCAAUGGCAAUUCCAAUAUCGAAACUCAAAUCGAUCCUGUAUCUCAAUGUCGACUGCAAUCAUGCCUGUAUAUCAAUAUACCGUGAUAUCCGGAGAGACCCUGCUCGGCAGCGAAAUGUCACCAGCGCUUGCUGAUUGGGCAUUGUCUAUAUCUGGAGAAAGAUGGAGCAAAAAAGCUUGCCUCGCAACAAAUAUGGACCAUACCGCAUGCGCAUAACAAACCUCUCCACUUGCC